AAAACAGAUCUAUGACAAAUACUACACUAAUUCUCACGCGGUGCUGAUCGGAGUACUAUUUUAGGUUGUAUGUAAACGUUUUGAGACGACCCCCAGAAGUCGAUUAAGAUAACGAUUAUAUCCGCCAUGAAACCGGAAAUGUGACAGCGAACCAAAGAUCAAAGUUUUAACUACUGUCUACCACUGUAUGUAAAUGAUAUGAACUUCCCAAUUGAAUGAUGAAAAAGACAAUAGUUUUAUUUCAAAAGAACAAUUACAACGUUGAUCGUUAAAGGAUAUCGAGGACAUUAGCAGAACAGCGAUCAGGAGACAGAGGGGGCGUUUCCACAACACACUGCACAGCGGGGCUCACAGUCCAGGUUGUAAAUGACAUCACGGAUAUUUUAUAUGGAUUUCUUUAUGCAAAACUUGUCGUUUUAAUUAUAAACAAGACUUGGAUAUGAAUUACUUUAUUCAUUUGGAUUUAAGCUGGUUUUGAAACCGAAGGAAACGGCCUUUUGCAAUUGUAGAUAUGAACGACUGGAACUCGUCAUCUCCGCCAAACAGCAGACCCGGAAGUGGUGGUAGCAGCGUUGGUGGGGGCGGAAGUAAAGCCAAGCAGAUCAAGUUGGUGUUGCUGGGGGAUUCGGGUGUGGGCAAGUCCAGCAUAGCUCUGAGAUUUGUACGAGGAGAGUUCAACGAGAACGGCGAGACAACAAUUGGGGCUGCGUACCUGACAAAGACAAUCAACUGUCAGGGAUGUCCAAUAAAAUUUGAUAUCUGGGACACUGCUGGCCAGGAGAGGUAUCACAGCCUCGCUCCCAUGUACUACAGGGGUGCCCCCGCUGCUGUCGUCGUGUAUGACGUCACAAACGUAAACUCGUACCACAAAGCCACGCGCUGGGUUAAGGAGCUCCUACAGCAAGCCAACGCCAUGAUGGUGAUUGUUUUGGCGGGAAAUAAAGCCGACAUGGUCAGUGACACGAGAUCAACCAAUGAGGAUGCCCGCAAAUUUGCCAAUGAGAAUAAACUUAUAUUUGCUGAAACGUCCGCAAAAACAGGAAUGCACGUGGAUGACAUUUUUGCUCAAAUAGGGAAUGUUAUAGCGAGACAGCAGGCACCGGAAGUUACCGAUCGGCAGGGACGUGGCAACGUGAAACUGGCCAAGAAGGAAGGAUCAAAGGAGAGGACAUGUUGUUGACGUCAGUCACACCCAAAAUGGAUGACGUUGGAACAAAUCUAUCGCCGAAAUUGAGCAAUGUUAUUUAUAAGAACCAAGCUGAUUCAUUGAAAAAGUAUAUGCAUUUGUGUUAUAUCUUCUAUAAUUACGGUAUCUUUGUAUACCAUGUGUAGUUGUAUACACAAUGCAAUUCGAUAUGAGCUUGUUUCUUAUGUUUAUGCAAUACAAGAUGUCUCGUCAUGAUUGUCAUGAAUCGCCCCAUGAAGCAAUAUAACGACCAGAUAUGACUGUCGGUGUAUAUUUGACCAAUUCCUGUGUUUUUGGAUUACUGUCAUGGAUGUUAGCUUAUAUAAAUCUAGUCCGAAUUAUUCUGACGUGUCAUCGACUUUUUUUAUAUCGAUUAAUCGACGACAGACCGAUAUAAAAAAAAGUCGAUAAAACGUCAGAAUAAUUCGGACUAAUAUAAAUCAAGAUUGUUUUAUUAUUUAUAUUUCAAAGGAUUUUACUAUAUUAAUCAGAUUAAGUGAUUUAACACUUAAAUUGAACGUUUAUUAAUUCAGGGGGCCGCGGUGGCAAGUGGUUAAGGCGUCUGACAUUCUGCUACCACUAGCCCUCCACCACUGGGUUGCGGGUUCGAGGCCUACGUGG